AUGGUAAAGGUUAAGGCUGACAUAGCCGACAAAUUUGUUAGAGGCCAUAAGAUGAAGUUUCAGGGUUUUAUUCGAGCUUUUAGGUUAAUUAUCCAAGUUGAUGCACUACGUUUUGUGGUGGAUAUAAGUAUGCAUGAGAGGGUGGAUCUACCAAAGACUAUAGAGAUGAGGUCAAGCUCAUGUCAGAAGAGGAAGGUUCAGCAACAGCCUAUAAUCGUACCACAGAGGAAUUUGAGGUCAGAUGACAUGCGAGAUUUUGGUGUAAUUUUAGGCAUGGAUUGGCUAUAUGCUAACCAUGCAAGCAUAAAUUGUUCUCGCAAGGAGUUGAAGAGUCGUAAGCAAAACUACCCUACACAUGAUUUAGAGUUGGCAACAGUAGUUUUUGCACUUAAGAUAUGGAGGCAUUAUUUAUACGGUGAGAAGAUUCAGAUCUUUACUAACCAUAAGAGCUUGAAAUACUUCUUCACUCACAAGGAGUUAAAUAUGAGGCACCGCAGAUGGCUUGAGUUGGUAAAGGACUAUGACUAUGAGAUUUUGUAUCACCUAGGUAAGGCGAAUGUGGUAGUUGAUACUCUUAGUAGAAAGGUAUCACAUUCUGCAGCACUCGUUACUAAUCAGGUUCCUUUACACAAAGUCCUUGAGAGAGCGGAGAUUGCAGUUUUAGUGGGAGAAGUCACCUCAAAAUUAGCUCAGUUGUCAGUGCAGCCUACCUUGAGACAACAAAUUACUGUUGUUCAGCAUAAUGAUCCUUAUUUGGUUAAGAAGUCCCGCCUAGUAGAAGUAGGGCAAACUAAAGAGUUCUCUAUGUCCUUUGAUGAUGAAAUAGUUUUUUAG